AUGGCCCAACUCAUUCCAGACUGGCUGAGAAUAAUUCUCAUCCUACUCAGCGGGGCCUCGUACCUGCCUCAGCUGCACCGCAUCUGGGUGCGCAAGGAUUGCCAAGGCAUUUCACUUGGCUACCUGUUGCUGAACCUCAUCAGCGCGACCGAGCAAUUUACGCUUGAGUUCUUCAUCUUAGUGAACAACACAGAACAGGCAGAUUUUCUCAUCGAAACCCCGCCGACGACCGGCGAUUGGUUGAACCUGGCCCAGUUCACCAUUGUAUGGGCCUUGCAUCUCCUCCUCUUCAUACUGUGUCUGUGGUUCCCAUCUAACAAUCACAUCGGUUACAAACUUUGGCUCUUGACCGUUUAUAUCUGCUUCGCCGCCAACUCAAUCAUUCCCCUCUUCAUCGACGCCAUCGAUAAUGACUUCUUCGUUCCCCGCGAAGACAGGUAUCGCAAAUGGGGCGAAGCGUUCUUCAGUGGCUGGCACUUACUUUUCGUAAACCCGAUCGUCACGAUACUGGCCAUCGCCGCAUACCCCUGCCAAGCGCGGGAGAUCCGUACCCUGCCCGUCGGGAACCUGAAAUCACUCAGUCUCCUGGGGCUCCUGACCCAAGGGGUGGUCUUUAUCGUAGUAGCUAUCUCGUGGACGAUGCGGGUCAAGUUCCUGGACUUUUCUUUUGAUGAUAUAAUCUCUCACGGAGCAUUCUUCAGCUGGUACCAGAUGGUUGGGUGGGCGGCGGUGGACAAUGCGAUAUUUGCGCUGAUGCAGAUAUUGUUGUUCUUGUUGGCGAGGAAUUGGGAGGCGACGAAGACGGCAGACAGAGAGAGCGAACCUCUGCUAAGGGCUGUGCUCGAGUAA